CUAAUAAAAACAAAAUCUGUGAUAUUUAAUGUUUAGGUGUAAGUACUAUAUAACAUUAGGCAAAAAUAUCUUCUAAAGUGAUUUAUAAGGGUUUUCUUUGAAAUCAUGUCGGAUGCGUAUUGUACGGAUUGUAAAAAGGAGACGGAGCUGGUGGUCGAUCACUCAGCCGGAGAUACCCUUUGCUCCGAGUGUGGUUUGGUUUUGGAAUCUCACUCCAUUGAUGAGACCUCUGAGUGGCGUACCUUCGCUAAUGAAUCUUCCAACAGCGAUCCCAAUCGUGUCGGUGGUCCAACCAAUCCGCUUCUCGCUGAUAGUGCUUUAACCACUGUUAUCGCUAAGCCCAAUGGUUCCUCCGGUGAUUUCUUGUCUUCCUCUCUCGGGAGGUGGCAGAAUCGUAACUCCAAUUCCGAUCGUGGUUUGAUUCAAGCGUUUAAAACCAUUGCUACCAUGUCUGAAAGGUUGGGACUUGUUGCAACUAUCAAGGAUCGGGCUAAUGAGAUAUAUAAGAGGCUGGAGGAUCAAAAGUCAAGCAGGGGAAGAAAUCAGGAUGCACUCUAUGCAGCCUGCCUGUACAUUGCCUGUCGCCAAGAGGACAAGCCACGAACCAUUAAGGAAAUAUGCGUUAUUGCCAAUGGUGCGACAAAGAAGGAAAUUGGCCGAGCAAAAGACUACAUUGUUAAGACAUUGGGACUGGAUCCUGGUCAGUCUGUGGAACUAGGCACAAUACACGCUGGUGAUUUCAUGAGAAGGUUCUGCUCCAACCUUGGAAUGUCUAACCAUGCGGUUAAAGCUGCUCAGGAAGCUGUGCAAAAAUCUGAGGAAUUUGAUAUAAGGAGGAGUCCUAUAUCAAUAGCAGCAGUAGUUAUCUACAUCAUAACCCAGCUUUCUGAUGACAAGAAGACUCUCAAAGAUAUAUCGACAGCGACAGGAGUAGCAGAAGGGACAAUAAGAAAUUCAUACAAAGACUUGUACCCACAUCUGGCAAAGAUAGCACCAAGUUGGUAUGCUAAGGAAGAGGAUCUUAAAAACCUGUCAAGUCCUUGAAGUUGUUUCUUGAUUCUUCUAUAUGCAAUAGAGAACUAUCUAUCUA